CGCAAGCAAYAAACCACCAUGACAACAGGAUCCCAGAAAGGUCGAAGAGAGUAACACCAACCCCCACGAGAUCGUAGCAGCAGAAGACAACGGAUCCUUUCCAUCCUUCCCCCCAAAACACACACACGCAACAAAAUGGUAUYGGCGCAGCAACAAUCCCUCGCGGCGGUCCUCCUCUCGGCCCUCGUCCUGGCGCAGUGCGUCUCGCCCUCGGCGUCCUUUGCCUCGGCGACCGCCUUUUCCCGCACCCCUUCGCCCCUGUUGGCGACGGCGGAGAAGGAAGCCGCGACGGGCACGGACGACCUGCUGAAACCCCCRUACGAGAUCGAACCGAUUCCGCUGCGGAUCGGCCACGGGUUCGACAUCCACCGCAUGGCCCCACUCGAGGAGGCCGGCCAGCCGGUCGUGAUCGGGGGGGUCGAAAUYCCCCACAAGGACCAAAAGGUGCGUCUUCACCGGACCCAUAUUCGGAGCGAUCGAUCGGAUGGACGAACGAAUCAAUGGCAGCGGUGAUUCGUUUCGUUCGUUCGUUCGUUCGUUCUUUGUCGCGUUUGUGGCUCUUUUUAUGCCUUAGCACACGGUGGUUUGGAACUGCCCCGGAUAAGUGCAUCGAUGGCUUCAUUCCGUCUCACAACAUAAUGCUGCUAUAACGCCGAACCUCUUGRUAAUUCCUUGCGAUGGACGAAUGUAUGGUGCAAAAUUCUUGAUUCGGUCUCGGUAAAACGAUUGGAUUGUUCCGACUGUUCCCGCGCGUUUUCUGUCCCGUUUYGGCAAAUGAAUCGGAAUUGUAUCAACGCUCCCAGUGGACGGACGCCGAGGGCAAGUACGUCGAAAAAGGCGGGAUCUACGAGACCCAGCUGGGGGUCGUGGCGCACUCGGAUGGCGACGUCAUCUACCACUCGGUCGUCGACGCCAUCUUCGGGGCCCUGACCCUCCCGGACAUCGGCCAGGUCUUCCAGGACACCGACCCCCGGUGGAAGGGCUGCGAUUCCUCCAAGUUCAUGGAGCACGCCUUCGAGGUCAUGGACGGCUACGGAUACCAGAUUGGGAACAUCGACGUGACCCUCAUCCUGGAGCGCCCCAAGGUGGCUAGCUUCAAGCCAGGGAUGAAGGACAACAUCGUCCGUCUCCUCAAGACAACGCCCGGACGUGUGAACAUCAAGGCGCGAACCCACGAGCGCGUCGACAGCGUUGGAGAGUUGCGGAGUCUGAGCUGCCACGUGUGUCUGACACUGGAGAGGGUGCCCGAGAAGGAAUAAACAAACAAUCCAAACGAAUCCAAACAUAAGGCACACUAAGCAAUAUCGCAUACGAUCCAGCAGGCCCRUGGAUUUUGGUACAAAAUCUCUAGUCUAGAUUCCGAGCGAAGCAGURUUUUGCGAAAAUACAGAACAGGCUAUACUUGUUUCAGCUUCACAAAUAGAUACUCUACCACGCC